UCCAACCGCUUCUAUUGUGGAGCUUUCGGGCGUCGUGUUUCUUCAGUAGGCCGGCGGUCAAUGACUGUAUUGUUUCCCGCCGAGGGCCCCCGGCGAUCGGUAGCGGGCUCGAUGGAAGGAGGAAAGGCCAUAGUGUGAGAAUGUGCGAGCGUGUGAAGACCUAGUCGGCUGCCUGGCCCGGUCCGUUACCUCAGCAGCCCCGCUUUCUCUCAGCUCCUGUGUUUCACCUUCCCCGGGACACGACGAGCCAUGGAGCCGACGUUCCCCCCUAGUAUGCUCAUGUUCAGCCACCUUCCGCCGGUCACUACCUUCGCACGGCUGGGCUCAGAACUGUUGCCACCUCCGCCGCCGCCACCGACUCUUCUACCGGCUGCGGCGGACAUGAUCCUGAAGAAAGAACCGGGCUCCCCUCCUCACCCGGCGGACUUCCUGCACAGCCUGACGGGCAUCAAGCAGGAGAAGAUGGGGGAGCACGAGCACUUCCACCAUUACUACGGGCAGAGGCAGGCCGAGAUCAUGGAGGUGACGGUGGGAAGCCCGGGGCUCAUCCCGGACCUGGGCCUCAAUCGAGAGCUUUUAAUAAGAACCGAAAAAAAUGGCUGCGAUCCAAAACAUGAAAGUCCAUCCAUGAAGAAGACCAGGCGUCCAAGCUCAGAAGCUCAGGAAGCAAAAUCCAAGCGCAGGCGGAGUGACUCCUCUAAAUCAUUAGGUGGUGAAGGUGAAGCUGCUAACAUGUCUCCAAAUCAGAAACCUCAUAUAUGUGAACACUGCAGUGCUGCUUUUAGAAGUUCCUAUCAUCUGCGCAGGCAUGUGCUCAUACAUACAGGUGAAAGACCAUUUCAGUGCAGUCAAUGCAAUAUGAGUUUCAUACAGAAGUAUUUGCUCCAGCGGCAUGAAAAAAUACAUAGCGGUGAAAAACCUUUUAACUGUGAUCAGUGCAACAUGAAAUUUAUUCAGAAAUACCACAUGGAGCGACACAAGAGGACACACAGCGGAGAAAAGCCAUACAAAUGUGACACUUGUCAGCAGUUCUUCUCAAGAACAGAUAGGUUGCUGAAGCACAAAAGGACAUGUGGUGAAAACAUGAAUAAAGGGUCAUUGGAGCCUGGAUCAUCAAAUUCUAGUAUGGAUAAUUUAUCUGGCAACUUUGAUUUAUCUCAGGGAAAUUCCAAUUUUUCUGGGCGCAAAAAGAGCAAGUCCAGAAAUGGUUCCUCUCAUAAGGACCAUAAGCAAGGCAACAAAUUGAAUGAGGCACAUUUGGCAGCAGGUCUUGACAUUCAGACUUAUGCAGUGGACGUUCCAAUCGUGUCUUCCAGUAGUGGUUCAUCCAGCACUGGCAUUGAGGACUUGGAUACCAAGGGGCCAAAAUUGAUGUUUAAGAAGGUCAACCGGAAACCAGCAGAGAAGAAUGAUCUCUCUUUGGAAUCUCAGUCCGCUAACAUGGGUAUGCAUAAACUUUCAGAUAAACCCAACAGUCCUCUGGACAUGGUGGGAAAUAGCAAUGUAGACACCAUGAACCUCCUUCAAAGUUCAGGCAACAAAGGGUCUACAAGCAGCAAUUAUGAUGAUGCAAUGCAGUUCCUGAAAAAGAGGAGAUACUUGCAGUCAUCCGGUAGCAACAAUGCCUAUGCUGUGAAUGUUGGGCAUAUGGUGGCGCAACAGUCUGUCAUUCAGUCUGCAGUUUCUAGUGUUAUCGAUGGGGACAACCCACUAACUCUUAUCGAUUCCCAGUCACUGAAUAGUGAAAUCAAGAACUGUCAUGACAAAUCUGUUAUUCCUGAUGAGGUUCUCCAGAGCAUCUUGGAUCACUACACCCAUAAAUCGGUUGGGCAUCCCGACGUCUCCUUUAACAUCGCAGAACACCACAUCGAGCUUCAGACAGCAGGAGACAACAGUGACUUGGGGCAGGAUGACGGUGUCUGCACAGACUCACAUGCUACACCAAACGAUAAGACCAACAUGUUUCAGGAGUAUUCGAAAUACCUUCAGCAAGCGUUGGAAAGAACAAGCCAUACAACUUCAUUCCCACUGGGUCCGGGUUUACAGUUUGUAAGCCUGUCUUCAUCUCUCGCCAAUCAUUCUAUCUUUUCCGACAAACAGAUUUACACUACAUCUCCUCUUGAGUGUGGGUUUAGUCAGUCGGUAACGUCAGUAUUACCGUCCACUUUACCAAAGUCGCACUUUGGCAUGGUGGUGGGCCCCCAAACUGGCUUUUCCUUAUCGCUGGAGACGCAGCAGUUGACUCCUUCGCAAGAGUUGGCUGAUCAGAUGGACUCGCAGAAAACCUUAGACGCGUCCUCCGGUUACCAGAUUUCAUCUCAGGAAUUGAACGGGCAGAAGGAUCACCAAAAGGGCCUGGUGUCCUCUUCAGGCUUCCACCUUCAUCCUCAGGAUUUGGGCAGUCAUUUAGAACAACACAAAGACGUCCGGUCACAAGUCACUUGCCAGAUCGAGAACUUUGCACAAGCAUUUGGUUCUCAGUUCAAAUCUGGUAACAGGGUGCCAAUAGCAUUUAACACUAGCACUGAUGGGGGAGUGGAUCACAGGUUGAGGACUUCAACUCCAGAAUUCUCAGGGUACACAAAUUUGCUGUCUGAAGUAAGUGAAACAGGUAGUACGAGAGUCAAGACGUCAACUAGCCAGAGCUUCAGGUGAGGCUGCGAGUUUGCCAGACAUUCGAGGUCUUUUAAACCAUGGUGUAUUUUUUAUUUUGAUGACACUGCCAUUUAGAAUGUUUCUACACAAUCGUAAUAAGAAUUAUGUAAUCUAUGCCCUGUCAAUGCAAUUUUUUUUUAUUAUUAUUAUUAUUAUUAUUAUGAAAAAGUGUUGUGAUAGUUCAGCUUGUACCUAAACUUUUAAUGAAAGAUUAGCUAGUGGGGGCCAGGGAGGGACGGGGAACAGGGUAGCCAAACAUGAUUUUGGAGUAACUGCUCUGCAGUCUUUAUUUUAUUUUUAUUUUUUUUCCUGAAUUUUCAGAGGGACGGACAAAAUGCCCAUUGUCAGACUUUGGGGGGAAAAAAAUAUAAGAUUACUUACAAAUUAUUGGACUCAGGAAUGGGAUUUUGAGCUGAAGGCACAUAAUAAGUUUAAUAAAGAUCCCCCCUUCCCCCACCUUAAUCAGUGCAACUUAUUUCUCCCGUUCAUCGCAAAGACGUUGUCACCUGUAGCGCAGGUCACACCGGUCGCCUGUAUUCCAGUUUAUAUUUAAAAUUCUUGGCAAUAGCUUUAAAUUAACAGACAAAUUUGCUAUCAAGUUUUUUUUUUUUUUGACAAAUUAUGUAUGUACAGUGUUUAUUUUUUUUUAUUUUUUUUCCUUUUUGAUAUACCUCAUUUUUACUGUUCAUGCAACAUUCAGGAACAUGUAUUUUGCAAUAUCAUUGAAAAUAAUAAAAAGAAACCAUUGUGUUCAAAUUGUUUUAUAGAAGUGUGCAAAAUGUUAUAAAGACGAAUACAGUAAAUGUUGCCUUUUGUAAUAGAUGAGCAAAUGGCAUUGGCUGAGCCGCAACCAAGAGAUGCAAUGUAUGUUAGCAUGACCACUGCUAUUCUGUAAAUGCUGAGCAAGUGGAGUCUAGCUGUCUUUCCAGUACCCAAAGCCCCGGUAAUGAAGCGGAUAUUGCUACGUACCCUAAGAUUACGCUCCUUCUCAUACCACGUCCAUUGAGCUUAUAUGUUGAGGGAUCAUUUUUAGUGCCACGUGAAAAAAAAAGUUGAAUAUUGUUCGUCUGCCCAGAGCUUUUAAAAUGGAUGACAU